AUGAUGCUUCUCAACGAAACAAGACCCACCAUGGCAACCCUUUCCUCACCGUCACGUCCAAGAAUGAUGUCUUUCAAGCGCAGUAAUGACCAAGCUUCAAGGAGAAUUCGAUCGCGCUACCUUCAUAAAUUGGGAGUUGUUGAUUCGUCUAGUUCAGGUUCGGGUUCCAUGUCAUGCGAUGAUGAGUUCUCGGUGGAAACCACGGCGUCGAUGGAUACCCUACAAACCAAAGGAAGUCCAGAGCGAAAACAUGUGAGAAGGACGAGUCGGCCUGAUGAAAUCCAGUUUGAAGCUCUGAAGGGCAGUGAUGGAGAAGAUGAGAAUGACCUAUCAGGUCCUCACAUGCUAAGGACACUCUCGCUAGCAUCUGAAACCUCCACUUCCUCUUCUGUAUCCUUCGAGCAAUACGUGGUGGUCCAUCCCAUUCCUAAUCUUGACGCCUAUUCGGAAGAUAUGAAACAAGCAAUCUGGACAAACCAAGAAGAAGCAGAAAUAGAAGUGAUGCGAAAUUACCUAGAGUUCGCAUCCGAAGGCAUGCAGUGGCAGAACACUUUGGAAGAAGAAGAUUUCUUUGAAUACAAUAACGAAUUGGUUCAUCCUGUACAUAUCAUGAACCGCCACUGCUCUCUGAAACAAAAUUUCCUAAUGGGAAUGAGUGCGAGACGAGCCUACGAGUGA